UCCCUGUCCUCCAGCAGCACCUCCACCAUCUGGCCAUCCUCCUCCCCGGCUCCUCCCUGGUCGUGCUGGAGUUAAAUGGCUGAUAAGCAGAUCAGUCUGCCAGCCAAGCUCAUCAAUGGCGGCAUCGCUGGGCUGAUCGGGGUCACCUGCGUGUUCCCCAUCGACCUGGCCAAGACGAGGCUGCAGAACCAGCAGAAUGGCCAGCGCAUGUACACCAGCAUGUCUGACUGUCUCAUCAAGACCAUCCGCUCAGAGGGCUACUUCGGCAUGUAUCGCGGAGCCGCCGUGAACCUGACCCUUGUCACCCCGGAGAAGGCCAUCAAGCUGGCAGCCAACGACUUCUUCCGCUAUCACCUCUCCAAGGAUGGGCAGAAGUUGACCCUGUUUAAGGAGAUGCUGGCAGGCUGCGGGGCCGGCACCUGCCAGGUAAUUGUGACCACCCCCAUGGAGAUGCUGAAGAUCCAGCUUCAGGACGCAGGCCGCAUUGCCGCCCAGAAGAAGAUACUGGCUGCCCAGGCCCAGCUCUCAGCCCAGGGGCGCGCCCAGCCCUUGGUGGAGGCUCCGGCUGCCCCCCGGCCCACGGCCACCCAGCUGACCCGGGACCUGCUGCGGAGCCGCGGCAUUGCCGGCCUCUACAAGGGGCUGGGGGCCACGCUGCUGAGGGACGUCCCUUUCUCCAUCGUCUACUUCCCCCUCUUUGCCAACCUGAACCAGCUGGGCCAGCCGGCAUCUGGGGAGAAGUCUCCUUUCUAUGUGUCCUUCCUGGCGGGCUGUGUGGCCGGGUGUGCGGCUGCUGUGGCUGUCAACCCCUGUGAUGUGGUGAAGACGCGGCUCCAGUCCCUUCAGCGUGGUGUCAAUGAGGACACCUACUCGGGGUUCCUAGACUGCGCCAGGAAGAUCUUGCGGCAUGAGGGCCCCUCGGCCUUCCUGAAGGGCGCCUACUGCCGCGCGCUGGUCAUCGCCCCGCUGUUCGGCAUCGCGCAGGUGGUCUACUUCCUGGGCAUCGCCGAGACCCUACUGGGUCUGCUGCAGCGCCCCCAGCCCUGAGCCCAGGGCCGCCCCACGCCCACAGCUGAGCGGGACCAGAGUGGGGCUGGGGCCGGGCAGCCAGCCCAGAACUGAGCAGGAGAGAGUCUCUCCCCACCCCUCCCCACAUGGACGGGGGCAGGCAGAGGAAGGGGCACAGGGUCCACGCAGGUGGUGCACACGCAGGCUCUGGUGGGGUUUUGUCUGCGCUAUCACUGGGAUCAAUGUCUUAUUUAUGUAGAAAACACAGAAAUCUUUACAUUCCUGGAGCCAGCCCCGACUCCAGCUCCGCCCCAGCCGGAACACCCCCAGAGACAGAGCUGGUCUCUGGGCUGGGGGUCCCAGGCCUGGGCUGGGCAAGCUGGACCCUACCCUCCAGUCUACCAGCUCUCGUCCCCGAGGCUCACCCCUAGUCCACAAAGGGGACCCCGCACAAACGUAUUUAUUAACUUGCCGGGCACAAGUGGCCGUGUCUGUCCCUCCGUCCAGCGGUCCAGCCCCCCCCGCUGCUGCUCUUGCCCUCGGCCAGGACUCCACUUUGCCCACACCCCGGCCAGCCUUGCAGGAGGAUCAGGGUCUCCUGCCCGCCCAUAUUGAGCCAAGAACCCCAGGCGGGGGUCACACUGAGUUCUGACUCCCAGGGCAAGCCCCCUCCACUGCGGGACCCAGCAUCCUUCCUAGUGGGCCCCCUGCCCCCACCCCAGGCUGGGGGCCCAGAGCGUGUGAGGUCUGUGUGCGUGUGCGAGUGUGGUGGGGAGCAGGAUGUGCCCACCAGCCCUCAGCUGGCCUGGCCCCUCAGGGAUGGGGUUGUGGGGGGGCUGCUGCCCUCCCCCACGUGGCCAGGCAGUGUGUAUGUGUGUGUGCAGUGUGUGUGCGUGCAUGUUGUGUGCGCUGUAGGUUCCCCAUUGAUCCUGUCCAGAAAUUUAUUUCGCCUGCCUGGCCUCUCCUCUGAGACUCCCACCCCGGGUCCACAAGUGGCCAGGGGGAGGGCGCGCAUAAGGACCAGUACGGAGCUUGGGCACCUGCUCUGCUUUC